AUUGUUUCGCUCCAGCAUUAACCACAUUCCAGAGAGCCGCAGCGCACCCAGUCUGCUUCCUCGCAUUCCAUCUCUACGAACGAGUCCUCUGCCUGAAAUUGUGUUUAAUAGGAUUUUUGACCACAUCUACGAGCUUUUGCGUGCAUGUAGCAAACUAUUAUAAUGCUCUAGAAUAUUUGCCUCACUUGAAAUUUGUACCUGACCAUUUAAAAGAAAUUUGGAGAAAACUAACAAGGGGAAAUUCCUCCGCGUAGCGCGCCAUUGACUGUAAAGACCUUUCAACUUAACAAAAACUGAAGUUGACAAACGUAUCCUGUCGUUGAAACUUUGAGAAAGAGGUUUAUAUUUUAGAGAAAGAAAACCAUGCACUGCGCAGAGAUUUCCAAGCACAUUGGUCGUUUGGGAAAUGAGCGACGCUUGUAAGCCAGCGUUUUGUUAUGAUUUCCAUGUGAAAUGCAAUUACUGCUAUCUCGUACUCGGUAGUUGGCUGGCUGAGUAGCCUAGUGCACACUCUCUGAACUUGUUUCUCGCCCCUGGAGCAAAACAUGGAUCACUAUGAGGAAGAUUUGGGACUCCGGGCAAGUAAAUUGAUGGAGGAUCUUUCUUUAUAUGGAGCAUACAAAGAUGGGAUGUACAAUGUAAGGAGGGACUUGGUCAUAAACCCUGAUUUAGAUUUUUCGGUUCCAGCGAUACCAGAGCAGAAAAGUAAGACAAUGAAUGGUAACUCUGCGCCGCACCAGCAGCUCCACACCGUUGAAAAUUACAUGUCUGGGAAUAAAGUGUACAACGCGGCUCCCGUGCGCCCCGUGAAUGGCAACCGAGCGGUUCCGGAUUUUUGUACCCCUCAAAGAGACAGCGUUUAUAACGAGGACAGCUAUUGCACCAAAUCCGAAGUUGCUUUGCCGUGUUAUAGCGGCGCGUCUGAGCGGCAUAAGCGGUAUUCCUUGGAAGUGCAGGGGCACAGGUAUAGCACCGGUAGCGCAUUCGACGGCGUUAUUCUAAACAAACCUGUACCCAUACCUGGCAACAGAUGCAACAGUAUCUGCGUAACGCCCAACCAUGACGGUAGAUACAGUGCAACCAGCCCUCGUUCGAGUUUAGCAUCUUCCCUGUCCUCUCAGGAGCAAAGCAAACAUGCAAGCCCGAGGUCGAGCAUCAGUAGUCCCCGCACGAGUUUGGUCGUGCCUGGACAAGACAAGUACACAAGUCCCAGAUCCAGUCUGGUACACUGCGAAGGGAGCAGUGUCCUGAGUCCCCGGUCCAGCUAUGCAAGCACAGCCAGCGACACAAGUAAACAUUCCAGCCCAAGGGCCAGUCUGAACAGCUAUGACUGCUGUAGUAAGCCCAGCAGUAACCGCACAAGCGGCAUUAGUAUGGGAUAUGACCAAAGGCACAUCAGUCCCAGGUCCAGUACGGCAAGCCAGUACUCCUGUACCACCAGUCCAAGAUCUAGCUAUUCUGAUUCUCGAUACAUGCCUAUGGGGAACCAUGAUCUUGAUGGUACAGUAUUGCAUGGCAUGCCAAUGGCCAGUCCCCGGUCAAGCAUCUGCAGCCAGGAUGGCAGCGCAAGGCCAGGCAUGACAACAAACUGUGUUGUUAGUCCCCGCUCCAGCAUCUCAAGUCACAGUUCUAGAAGUUCUCGCAGCUCAAGGGGAUCUAUGAGCACCUACCCGGAUCUCCAACUGCCCUCGCCUCGCUCCUCAAUGCUUGGGACUAGUUUGCAUGAGGACACACUACUUCAAGAUUUUGGAGAGGCAAAUGGUGUCCAUCAUCGAAUCCAUCUCCAAGCGCUCUCUGCCAUGCCCGAUUUCCAGCCCCAGCAGUCAGCCCAGCCAGGCAUGAGUCCAGAGGUGACUGCCGGUUCCCCGUCAUCUUUCAGUUAUGGGGUAACCUCAAAAAACUCAGCCUCAGGCCAGAGGUUUAAGCUACCUUACCAGGUGACCCCCUGCAGAGAGAGUGGACCAAGCCAGGCAGAGAGGAGGCUGGAGGCCCUCACACUGGAGCUGGAGAAGGAGUUAGAGAUGCACAUGAAAAAAGAAUACUUUGGUAUCUGUAUCAAAUGUGGGAAAGGUGUGUAUGGAGCCAGCCAAGCCUGUCAGGCCAUGGGGAACCUGUACCACACCAACUGCUUCACCUGCUGCUCCUGUGGGAGGAGACUGCGAGGGAAAGCUUUCUACAACGUCAAUGGCAAGGUCUACUGUGAAGAGGACUUCUUGUACUCUGGUUUUCAGCAGACGGCUGAGAAGUGCUUUGUGUGCGGCCACCUCAUCAUGGAGAUGAUCCUCCAGGCGCUGGGCAAGUCCUACCACCCGGGCUGUUUCCGCUGUGUGGUGUGUAAGGAGGGCCUGGACGGCGUUCCCUUCACCGUGGAUGUGGAGAACAACAUCUACUGUGUGAACGACUACCACACGGUGUUUGCCCCCAAGUGUGCCUCCUGCAACCAACCUAUCCUCCCAGCCCAGGGCUCUGAGGAGACCAUUCGGGUUGUGUCCAUGGACAAGGACUACCACGUGGAGUGCUACCACUGCGAGGACUGCGGCCUGCAGCUGAAUGAUGAGGAGGGCCACCGCUGUUACCCCCUGGAAGGCCACCUGCUCUGCCACUGCUGCCACAUCCAGAGGCUCAAGGCCCAGGGCCCCUCCUCCCACCCGCCCCCCAGCUACCCCCUGCAUGUCACCGAGCUGUGAGGGACCGCAGGAAGCCAGGGACAACCACACCUGAGCAGAAGGAAGGGAGACCCACCCCAUGGAAUCUUCACCGGUUGCACAACCCCCAAUCCCCCAGGGCUGUCUUUCUGGCCUGUCCCCCUCGCCCUCCCUCCCCAGCGGAGGGGAGGUGGGAGAACAUGGACCUCAUCCAUGACAUCUUCCACUGCAGCCCCAGCAGCACAGGGCUGGGGUGGGAACGAGUCUGUUGCUCUUCUAGCAUCUGUUUUUCUAUUUUUUUCAUCUCCAUUUUUUCGCCUACGAACCCUUAGGCCCCCGGCCCACCCCGAGGCCCCCGGCCCACCCAGAGGCCCCAGGUGACGUCACAGCCCUGACCCCUGCACAUUUAUCAAAGAGGGGGCUGAGUCGGAGGGAGGGGGCCACUCUCGUCUUUUUCCUUCCUUUUCUCUCUCUCUCUCUCUCUCUCUCUCUCUCUCUCUCUCUCUCUCUCUCUCUCUCUCUCUCUCUCUCUCUCUCUCUCUCUCUCUCUCUCUCUCUCUCUCUCUCUCUCUCUCUGUCUCUCUCUCUGUCUCUGUCUCUCUCUCUCUCUCUGUCUCUCUCUCUCUCUGUCUCUCUCUCUCCUUGUUCUUCUCCACCAUUUAGAUUCAUUCCAUUGUGCUGAGGGAAGCAUUGCGCUACGUUGCGUUGACCACUCCUCUGUCACAGAGAACAGUGUGCACGGGGGUUUUCCCAGGAGGCUGGGGAAGCAGGCCCACACAUUCCAGCUGGCUGGCAGUGCCUAGGGUGGGCAUGCUGUGCCUUCAGAGUGGAGCCUCAAAGAGGAGCUGGCCCCCUCCCACCUCCCCCCCCCCUCCCCCCCAGCACAGUUCCUCUCGGCUAUGCAAGGGUAUCCAGCACCAUUCCCUGACUGUGACACUCCCCUCCCUCUCUCUUCGUGCGCCUUCCCAGACCCCCCGCUGUUCCAGAACUUUCGCCUCCUGGGAGUACCAAAGGGCGGGGACAUUGGAACCACACACUUGCCAUUACCGGGCAGAGCGCCGACACUCAUUCCACUUAGCAGUCUUAGACGUGACCUUCAGAGAUUCACAAGCAGUGUCUUAAUGACUUAUUAUAUUACAAGAGAGUUAGAUGCACAUAGAUCCUCUUAUGUAUGAAUAUAUAUUUUGCAGGCAUUUUCCACAUAAAAACCUAGACGUAGUCUCUUUUUGUCGUUGCUGUGUUCAUAUCGAUCGGAAUUGGAGGCAAAGCAAGCUGUAACAGUCUUAGGUCUCUGAAGUGUAUUGUCUGGUCUGUCGUACCAUUUGGUCUCGAGGUCACAGGCCUCAGAGGCCUCUGGGUGGUCAGAGGCUCAUGUAGACCCACACUGUUGUCACACUGGCUCUUUUCAUUUUUCCAGACACUGGUUUUGUCCAAUGUGUCUUCACUGUUAAUACAGUGUGUAAAGAGCCUCUAACAUUUCCUCUUGCCUUAAGACAGAACAUGUGUUUUGUGUUUGUGUGUGCGUGUGUGCCCUGUACUGGUCCUUUAGAUUGUCCGGACUGUUGUGGGAGGAGGUCCCUGAAAACCCGGAGUUGCUGGUCCCACCCGCGUCUCUAGGGAGUCCCCAGUUCUUUCUUAUUGCUGGAUAUGCUGAUGUGUGUUUGAGUGUGAGAAAGAGUAUAUGUGUGAUUGUGUAAGAGGGUUGAUUUGUGUGUCUGUUGGUGACUGUUUGUGUGUGUGCAGGACGCCAGUGGCAGGGCCAUGGUACAAGCACCUCUAAGUAGGCAGGGCAGCUUACAGGAACAGCCACCAUCAAACUCCACAAACCGACCCAUUCUAUCUUUUCCUUUCUCUAGCUCUCUGUCUCUCUUUCUCUCAUUUCUCUCUUCUCCCUCUCCUCAUCUCUCUCACUCUCUCUCCCUCUCCUUUUCUCUGUCUCCAACAGUGUGCGUGGGCUCGUCUUGUCUACUCCCAGUCCACCUCAGUCACCUCCACUACUACUGAAUCUAUCAGACGGGGGCUGAUCCAGAGAUUAAAGAGAAUGAGGGACCCAUACAGGCUUAACAGGCUUUUCUGAUGUAACCCUCAAUGAGAUUCUUUUGAAUGUAAUUAUUAGUGUUCGGUGUGUUUGGCAAGCUGUAUUUUUUGUUUCUCUGCUCCCAUUUGUACAUUUGCAAAGACAUACAAAAUGCUGUUUUUGCUGGGAUGUUCCAUUCGAUGGUAGAUGAACUGAAUCUCAGCUUAGUAUGAGAUUCCUAGUCAAGGAAUGUGUAUUUUACUUGAAGACUGAGGCAAUGGCAUUUUCUGAACUGUAGUUUGUAAUAGCACAAUAAGACCCACAGUAUGAAUCUCAAAUCAUGUUCAUUACGGCAGAAUCAUUUUCUUUCUUGACAAGAGUUUGUCCCUUUUAAGGAUGUCUUAAUACACCUCUUUUUAAAAAUACUACUUCAGUUCCAUUUCUGUUGCAUAGCACAAAACUAGUUUCCCUGUACAUAAAGAGGCUAGUUUCUGUUUCAUUGUCUGAGAUCACUACGAGUGAGAGCCUUUCUCCCUGUCUUGACAACUGUCACACCACUUGUGUAUCGCUAAGCGUUUGAUUACCUAGAUGGUUCAUAAAAAGGAAAAUAGAUUUAUUUAUCUAAACAUGAAAAGUCUAAAGUUAUUUAAUGUAUUAAAAAAUCGGGACGUAUCAUUUAACUGUAGAUGAUAUAAUCUGCUUUUUCAAUAAAGUGGUUUUGUAGCUAACUUACA